AUGAACGUGACGCACUUGAUAGAAACACUCAACGCCACGGCCAAGACUCUCCCGAGUCUGCAAGAGUCGGAACGUCGUCAACUGUUACAAGCAUGUGAUGAACUGAAGACAAAACUGGAAACACCUUUUGAUCUGGCUUCUCGUCUCGUAUUCUCGGGUCACCAAGCGAUAGCCCUGAGAUUGGGUGUCGAUCUGAAAUUGUUCGACGCGAUCGCUGCCAGAGCGGGUCGGUCCAAUGGAUCAGUCAACAUUUAUGAGCUUGCGGAGGAAACUAGUGCAGAGCCACUGCUAAUUGUGCGCAUAAUGCGAUUCCUGACUGUCAUGUCCGUGGUUGAGGAAGUAUGUCCAGGUUCAUAUAAACCAACCUCGUUGGCUGCUGCGCUGGUAUCGAGUUCUCCUUUGUCGGCUGCCAUGAUCCACGGCACACAUUUCAUGACUGUGUUGUCAAGCUUGCCCGAGUACUUUCGUACCAAAGGAUGGGAAAGCCCUAUUGAUGCCUUCGAUGGGCCAUUUCAAUUCGCCAUCGAGUCACCCCAUUAUUUCGAAUUCUUGAGCUCCAACCCCUACUACCAGCAAGCAUUCAAUACGACCAUGACCAUGUCAUUUCGUCGCCGCGGCAAGGACUGGUUCGACGUAUUCCCGGUCGCCAAUCGAUUGCGCGUACCAGGGGACUCUGAUCCGCUAUUGGUAGAUAUCGGCGGCGGCCAAGGGGAGGAUCUCAAGAAAUUCAAAGCCCAAUUUCCCACCAUACCAGGGAAGCUCUUUCUGCAAGAUUUACCAGCAGUGGCGCAAGGGGUCCAAGACCUGCCUGCAGGAAUCGAAGUACAAGAUCACGAUUUUUUCCAGGUGCAACCGGUGAAGAAUGCCAAGGCCUACUUUAUGCGGACUGUUCUGCAUGACUGGCCUGAUAAACAGGCAGCCCAGAUUUUAGGUCGGGUACGCGAUGCGAUGGGCCCUGAUUCUAUAUUGUUAAUAAGUGAGACUGUGCUACCUGAGUCCGGUGCGCUUCUCUCGUCUGUUCUAUCCGAUAUGCAGAUGAUGGGCUCUUUUGCGUCGCUGGAGCGUACAGAAGCGCAGUGGCGAGCGCUACUUGAACAAGCUGGGCUGGAACUGGUUCAGACGUGGUUUCCGGAUGAAUGCGAUGGAAGUGCCGAAUCUUUGGCAGACCAGCCUGCUCUUUUCGAGGCUCGGAAGAGUUUGAAGGAAUAA